AGCCCUCUACAGAGAUGUCAUGCAGGAGAACUAUGAGAAUGUGACCUCGCUGGGGUUUCCAGUUUCCAAACCUGAUGUCAUCUCCCAACUGGAACGAGGGGAAGAGUCAUGGGCCUCAGAUCUCCAGGGCUCAGAGGAAAGAGAGAUCCUGAGAGGCAUCUGCACAGCAGGUGUUGGGAUGGUGAGUGAGACCAUGAAGCAGUCUCCUCAGCAGGAAGAGGGUGAGCAAGUGGAACCACCUGGGGCGUUAUGGCAAAGAUGCAAAGGGAGUGUGACCAGGAGUUGUGAGCAGGGAAAAGCCUGUGAGAGUCAGCACAUUCCAGAGAAGUGGCAGGGAAACCAGCCAGUGCAGAAAUUUGGUAAAUCUGUUAAUUAUCAGGGAACUCACAAAGGCCUCAAGGAAACCACAGACCAGCAGAGCAUCCCCAUGGGAGUGAGAAAUAACACAUGCGCUGAGUGUGGGGAAAAGUUCAGUAGGCACUCACGCCUUAUCAGCCAUCAGAGAAUCCAUACUCGAGAACAACCCUAUGAAUGCUGUGAGUGCGGGAAAACCUUCGCUCAGAGCUCAACCCUUAUUAAACAUCACAAAGUCCACACAGGGGAGAAACCCUAUGAAUGCUGCGAGUGUGGGAAAACCUUCACGCGGAGCUCAAACCUCAUUGCACAUCAGAGAAUCCACACAGGGGAGAAACCCUACAAAUGCUGUGAAUGCGGGAAAACCUUCACUCUCAGCUCAACCCUCAUUGCACAUCAGAGAAUCCAUACAAGGGAGAAACCCUAUGAAUGCUGUGAGUGCGGGAAAACCUUCACUCAGCGCUCAAACCUUAUUACACAUAAGAGGAUCCACACAGGGGAGAAACCCUAUGCAUGUUGUGAAUGCAAGAAAACCUUCACUCAAAGGGCAUCUCUUAUUAGCCAUCAGAGAAUCCAUACGGGGGAAAAACCCUAUGAAUGCUGGGAGUGCGGGAAAGCCUUCAUUGUGAUCUCAAAUCUUAUUAAACAUCAGAAAAACCACACAGGGGAGAAACCCUACGAAUGCUGGGAGUGCGGGAAAACCUUUGCUUGGAGCUCAAACCUUAGUUCGCAUCAGAGAAUCCAUACAGAAGAGAAACCGUAUAAAUGCAGUGAAUGCGGGAAAACCUUCACUCAGAUCUCCCACCUUAUUACACAUCAGAGAAUCCAUACGGGGGAGAAACCCUAUGAAUGCCGUGAGUGCGGGAAAACCUUCACUCGGAGUUCAAUCCUUAUUAUACACCACAGAAUCCAUACAGGAGAGAAACCCUAUGAGUGCUGUGAGUGUGGGAAAACCUUCACUCAGAGCUCAACCCUUAUUACACAUCAGAGAAUCCACACAAGAAAGAAACCCUGUGAAUGAUGUGAGUGCAGGAAAACCUUCACUCAGAGCUUAAUCCUUAAUACACAUGAGAAAAUUCAUCAAGGGGAGUGCCCCUAGGAAUGCUGUGAGUCCAGGAAAACCUUUGCUCAUGGCUCACACCUUAAUGGAUAUCAAAGGACCCACAAAAGAGAGAUCCUAUGAAUUCUCUGAAUGUGGGAAAUUUUGUCAGAGUUCAGCCCUUAGUUAUUAUCAGAAAAGCUGUAAGGGAGAUAAAUACCAUAAACCUUGUUUAGGGCUGAGAAAAGAUUUUGUUUUCCUUUUGCUAAUUCCCACAUAAUGAACUUCAAGGCAGCAUUAAUGUCAUUGUGGUCUCUCAGCUCCCCCAGCUGAGUUGUCUGCUUUUCCCUUUUGCACUCACCCUUCCUUGGGGUGAAUCCCACAAUUUUUUCUUUUUCACCAACUCCUUUGUCCUAUGUCAUGGAAAUGUGUGUCCCUCCAACAGGAAUGUCCAUCAGCCCCAGGUGCGGGAACUGAGAGUCACUUCAACUAGGUACAUGGAAGUUAAAUCUACCCGGGCCUUGACUGCAGUAGGAUAUUCCAUGGAGUUAGAUAGCUCGAGUUAGCUAUCCUGAUGAAAGAAUAGUUGUGGUUUUACAGUAAAGGAAAUAGCCCAUGUAUAGUGGCCAGGGAAAUUUAGCAGAUUUCCUCAAGACCUGACAUAACCUCCAUCACGUCUAGUCUAAACAAAUUUGGAGCAUCAUAUUCAUACUUUUCCUCCCACUGCAAAGUGAUUGUUAGUCGCCAGGUUCCCUCACUAGGGACAAAUUGUCUCAUUCCCAGUUGUUCUUACAAUGCACUGGGUUGUGCUGAAUCACUGUGUUUUGUAUCAUUUUUCUUAUUUUAAAUAUAACAAAGAGAAGGAGCAGGAUUAGGGAUAGGAAAAUAUGUUUUUUCAACUUCUGUGACACCUGAAGUGGUGAGUUGGAAGGAUUCCCAUGUUCAGAAUUAGCUCAGCAGUAUUUCCUUGUCUGAGCCAUAUAGAAUUUAUCUUCUACACAUUUUACAACUCUACCUCUCAAUGUGUCGUAUGAUUCAGUGUUCUCAGUCCUCUGCUUGGGAAUCACACUUUGUUUUCUUUGAUCUUAAAACCUAGUAAUUUAGGGCCUGAGAUGAAAUUGGCAGAGACCUGGAAAGGGAAUUUUACUGGAUCUCAAACACAGUGCCAUCAUUUGGAGUUUAAAUCCCAGUUUCCAACUAUUAGCAAAGGAGAUGGAAUUGUUUGCAGAUGGGAAGGUUAGCUGGGUUUUUGUUUUAUCCUGUUUCCGUUUUUUUCAUUACAAUGAUUCUAGAAGUUUUGUAAAUAAUACAACUCAACGCUAAUGAGUGAAGCAGGUUUGAGUGGAUCAGAGGAGAAUGCCAUGAGAGAAUCUCUUGUCUUGGUUCUGAGUCAAUACAUUUAACCUGCUCUGUAAUUUCUAGUUCUAUGAAACUGGAUGUAUCUUAUCUCUCUCCGUGAUGUGGGUUUUUCCUCUUUCUUGAGGGCCGUUUGGUCACAAAAUGGGAUAUUAGUUUGAUUUGUCAAACUGUGGCUCUGAUUUAUUGGGGACUUUACUUGCUAAAAUAGUCAUUUUCUCAAGUAGUCAUUUCUUAGUUUAUUUUUGUUUUUUCCCUGCCCCCCUCCAUGACGACAUGGAGAAACUUCAAGUGCAGUUCUAUCAACAGAAGAGAAUACUCCGAGUUAUUGGACAUAUCACCAACUGUUUUUAAAUCUCCAGUCUGAAAUGGUGAACAAGACCAUGCCCCAAAUCAUGCAACUAACGGAAGUAACUGGAUACAGUCACAGUGCUGUUCAGUUGUUUAGAUCAAUGUUGUCUCAGAUGAUCUGGGAAGAGAAUUCCACAGUAAGUGAUUAGGAACUAGGCAAAAAGCUUGUAUAUGUGUUUCCCAAGGCAGUUGUGAUGCAGGGUCUUGUGACAGACUUGUUCACACCCUGCACACUACUACAGUAAUUUUUGUAUAAGGCAUGUCUUGUGAGGUACCAUUUAAAAAUUCAUAAUUUGCUGAUCAAUAGUAUGGAAAAGUACACAUAGCAGCACUGUAGGUAAUGUAAUAAACACAAGCUGAAAUCAUGGCUAAAAGUAUGUUUGGCAGAUAAAUCUGAGGAAUGGCCAAAAGCAAUUCCUCAGAGACCAAAUGCCACCUCAGCCAAGUGUAAACAAGGCUGAUGGACCAUUCCCUGCUAAGUGGCAGGAAAGGAGGAAAGAGCAAAAAAAUCUGCAUUUUAGGCCUUGUCUACACUAGAGUUUUUGUCAACAAAAUUAUGCCGCUUUAAUUAAACUGCUGUUGUAUGUUCACACUAUACUUCUUCUGUUGGCAGAGCACAUCCACACUAGCAGGUCUUGCACUGACACAGAAAGCAGUGCACUGUGCAACAGGACACAGGCCACUUUGGGAAGGGCUUGCAAUGCCUUAUGGAGCAGGUACAGUGUCACAUGAUGCAGGUUUCUCAAUCCCAUUGUUCCAUGGGCAUCCUACUAGAUUGCCAGCUGUUUUUCAGUGGAAAUGUGUGUGGGGGAAGUGUGAGACAGGGAGUGUUGGGGGGAGAAACAAAGACAGAGUGUGUCUUGAGGGAGAGUGAGUAUGUUGGCAUUCUGUCUCUUUAAGUUCACACAGGAGCCAGAAGCAAUCAGUCUUGAGUUAGGCACACACACACACCAGCCCAUUCCUCCCUCCCUGGCUCUGCACAGCAGAGCAGUCCCACCCAUAGCAGCAGCCUACCUUCCAUUGUGUUCCUAGUGCGGGGGAGAGCAGGAGGAUUCCAUGUUAAUGAUUUGCUGUUUGCUGCCGGAACAGAGCAGCAUGCUCAGCUAUCAGAACUUCCUAGAGCUUUGAAAGGGGAGGAGCACGCGCCUGCAGGGCAGCCGAAUUCAAAACAGUGAGCAGAGUGGUCACAGCGGGCAUUCUGGGAUACUGAGGGAUGCCAGUUAUGGCGACAUAAUGAAUUGCAGCAUCUAUACUGAUGCUUUGUCACUUUAACUUUGCAGCAAAAAGCUCUGUGUCUCUCAUCUAAGUGGUUUUGUUUUGUUGGCAAAAGUAGCAUUGUAGCAUGUGCACCUCCACUGUUUUGUCGGCAAAAGCUGCCUUUUGCUGACAAAACUGUAGUGUAGACAAGGCCUUAGCAAAGAAACAGCAUGGAGUUCUUGUCCACACAGACUACCUGUAGCCUUGCUCCCAGCUGGAAAUGCUUCUCAAAGGGGUUUGAACGGGACUAUAAAAAGAAGGGGCAGACACCCCUCAAAACACCUCCCUCUCUCUCCCUGUCCAUUGCAUUCUCUGCAACUGAGAAGACAAAAUGACACAGCUGUUGAGCUUUGGGGGAGGAGUCCUGGCCUAAAGAGUUUGGUCAGUGAGACCGCUGAAGCAUGUAGGUGAGAAAAUUUUGCUUUGAAACUAAAAAUUUCUUAAGUCUGUGUUAGUGAGCAUUUAUCUUUAUUUUUCUUGUAACCAUUUUAACUUUUAUGCCUCAUUACCUGUGCUCAUAAAAUCUCUUUGUAGUUAAUAAACUUGUUUUCUGUUUUAUAUAAGCCAGUGCGUUUAAACGGAAGUUUCUGAAUAAGUAAGGCCAUGUUUAUGUCACGGAGGUCAUAGAAGUCACAGAAUCCGUAACUUCCAAAGACCUCCAUGACAUUCUCUGCUUCAGCCCAGGGGCUGCGGCAUUCUGAAGCUGGCAACCAGCGGGGCCCUGACAGGGUUCCAGCCAUAGCAGUGAUGGGGACCCUGAAAGGUUCCAGCGACAGGUGACAGACUCCUGCGGGAGCCCUCCCCAGGGUUCCAGCAAUGGGUGACAGCCUCGUGUGGGGGGAAGGGGACACCUCGGGUGAGUGACUGGGGGUGUCCCGUUUUCUUUUGGGGAAAUACGGUCACCCUGAGCUCUCAGCCGUUCUGGGCAGAGGCCACCCCCCUUGCAGCUUCCAGCUGCCGUGGGUGGAGGGGGAUCCCCACAGCUCCCAGCUACCACGGUGGUGGAGGAAACCAUGGAGCCGCAGCAGCAAAAGUCACAAACAGGUCACGGCAUCCGUGAAUUUUUAUUUAUUCCCCAUGACCUGUCUGUGACUGUUCCUAAAAAUAACCAUGACAAAAUCUUAGCCUUACGAAUAACUCAUUGAAAUAAACU